AUGGCAUCCAAGCGCGGUCGUGGUUCCUCCGGUAACAAGCUGAGGAUGACCCUCGGUCUUCCUGUCGGCGCCGUCAUGAACUGCUGCGACAACUCGGGCGCCCGCAACCUGUACAUCAUCUCCGUCAAGGGCAUUGGUGCGCGUCUCAACCGCCUGCCCGCUGGUGGUGCCGGCGACAUGGUCAUGGCCACCGUCAAGAAGGGAAAGCCUGAGCUCAGGAAGAAGGUCAUGCCCGCUGUCAUUGUCCGCCAGAGCAAGCCCUGGAGGCGAGGUGAUGGUGUCUUCCUCUACUUCGAGGACAACGCCGGUGUCAUCGUUAACCCCAAGGGUGAGAUGAAGGGCUCCGCCAUCACCGGCCCCGUUGCCAAGGAGGCUGCUGAGCUGUGGCCGCGUAUCGCGUCCAACUCCGGUGUCGUCAUGUAA